AACAACGCGUUGUCCCACAGAUACUGUCAUGGCGUCGAUGUAGCAUAGAAAAAUAAAAUCAUUCUGCUGAUAAUCAAAGUCAAGUAAUCUGUGGUGUUCGCAAUGAGUAAUAACACAUUUUAUUGUUCAUUUGUUAGUAUACAUUAUAUUAUCUGUGAAUGUGGAGAUACAUUUCCCACGGAAGACGCACUGAAGGAACAUUUGGAAAAAGAUCAUACAAAAAUCGAAAGAAAUGAAUACAAGUGCGAUACGUGUGAUAAAGUGUUCACAAGCGAGAAAGCGUGCGUCUUGCACCAGAGGGUGCAUAUCGUUCCCCGUGUUAAGCGAGUGCGGACCAUACAAGAGAUCAGGGACAGGAAGAAGUAUUAUAACAUGAAGAACAUUGUGUGUGAAGUCUGCGGGAAGAGAUAUGCUUCAAAUGCAGCGCUGCGCUAUCAUCAAAGGGUCCACACUGGGGAGAGGCCCUAUCAGUGCUCGCUCUGCCCGAAGAACUUCACUAUGCCUUUGUUUUUACAGAUUCACAUGAGAACGCACACCGGCGAGAGGCCCUACCAGUGUCCGCAGUGCCCGAAGGCCUUUAGCAACAAAGCUGCGCUGUUGAGACACGAUCGGGUGCACACGGGUAUAAAGCCGUACCAGUGUCCGCAGUGCGGUAAGACCUUCACGCAGUCCAACUCCAUGAAGCUGCACGUGAAGACGGUGCAUUUGAAAAUGCCGGCGCCGUACAAGAGCAAGAACAGGAAGGUGAAGGAGGCUAACCGUAGAGGUAUGAACGUGGAAGUGAAAAUUGAAUCGGCGAUGUACCAGCCGCCGGUGAAGACGGAGCUGGAGGUCUACGAGGAGGACGGGACGAUAUAUGAGACGGCCGGCGUCGAGGAGAUAUACGAGGAGGUGCCCAUACUAUCUGCUGGGGAAUUUUACGAGCAAGUGAAGGUGGAGGGCGAUGAAAUAUUAAUGUACGAACAGGAAGUGGAGGAGCCGGAGGUUCUGUACGAAGAAGUGUAUGAAAUAGAGCAAGUUUAGUGGUCAACGUGGAGUGCCUAGUGCUAAAGUUGAUGUGACAGUGUGUAACGGGUUGCUAAAAGUGCUGGUGCGGUCAAAGUGUUGGCAUAAGUGCCAAUGAUCUGGUCAAAGUGUUGGUAUAAGUGCCGAUGGUCUGGUCAAAGUGUUGGUAUAAGUGCCGAUGGUCUGGUCAAAGUGUUGGUAUAAGUGCCGAUGGUCUGGUCAAAGUGUUGGUAUAAGUGCCGAUGGUCGGGUCAAAGUGUUGGUAUAAGUGCCGAUGAUCUGGUCAAAGUGUUGGUAUAAUAUGGGUAGUUUUGAGUAAAGUAUUGCUAUAGUGCUGAUGUUCCUAUUGGAUAUGACGAUAGUUGUGUCAAUAUUGGUAUAAUAUUGUCAAUUUGACCAGUUUUGGUGGAAUUUGUAAUGUGUUGACCAAAGUUAUGGUAUAGUGUGGAUAGUUUGGUCAAAUCAGUAGAUUUGACCAACUUACUUGAACUUAUACUACUGUAUAAGUGCCGAUAUAAUGCUUUAUUCAUCAAAGUGCAUACAACAAUUUAUUGAUGAUAAUUUGAUCAAAGUGUUGGUAAAAUACAGAUUCUUUGGUCAAAGCGUUGGUAAAAAUGCUGGAAUGUUGGUCAAAGUUAAGAUUUUAUCUAGAAAAAGUGAUAUAUCGUUUUACCGUUAACUUUGUACGAUGUGAGACAUCCAAAGCCUAUAUAUAAUCGCAUAUUAAACCAAUUUUAAAGUUGAGGGGACCACAUGAGCUAGUAUGACGCACACACACAUAUCUGUGACUGUCAUUACACAGGACGCAAGCACACAUGCAUACGUGUCGCCACUCAGGUUAUAAUAUAAUGCGAUUUACUAGAAAUCCAAUGAGAAUACUAAAUGAAAUAAAUCACUAUUAAAUUACUGUGUUGCUUUUAGAAUAAUUUGACAAAAAUCAAACUGAUUGCCUGUUCAAUACAGUACUUUCUUAGUGCUAAGUUAAUUUAUGAUUUGUUUUAUCUAUAUAUAGGUUUGUUUUCAACACACUAUAAAAUUAGCAGAUACCCUUGAAGCAUAUCAUGUGUCUGUUUAUUUUUUAACAAGCUUCCGCCUGCAUCUUCGCACGUGUUAAAUUCGAAGUUUUUUAAUAGAUGUUAUUAUACAUAAAAACUUUCUUGAAUCGGUAUCUAUUAAAAAAACUUCAUCAAAAUCCAUGGAUUCAUCAAAUCCAUUUUAAAGAUCUGAGCAUACAUACAUACAUACAUAGGGACAGAUGCGGGAAGCUCUAUUCUAUGUAGUCAAACGUGGAUCAUAUGGUAUUAUAUAAAACUCUUUAUAAGCAAACUCCGUAAACGAGGUUCUAUAUUUGUGUUUGUAUUUUAUGUCUGUUAUAGCUCAUGUUCUCCCCUUUAGUAGUCUAUUAAUUUAUGGGAUUUUAAUGGCAAUAACGUUACAGACUCGCCAGUUCUGUAAUCCCAUUAAAGUCCCAUAAACACCAUUAAUUGUUACUGAAGCGCACCAUAUUUGCCUUAUCCCAUUAUCUCAUGUGGGUGAUUUGUGAUCUAUUAUUGUCCAGUACACACAUCAUUAUUGUCACAUCAUUAUAAUAUGUAUUUUUGUCGUAAAUUAAUUGUAUAUUAAAAAGGCCUUGUAUAGAUAAUUUUUAUAGAUGGUUAAGGAGUUAACUUAAUAAAUAUUAACAUAGUUUUUGCGCCUGAUUUGUUGAUGGAAUUAUUUUGUAUGCACUUGUGUGUGCUUGGAGGCUUUAACGGGAAUUAAACCCGGUAAAAAACCCGGAAAUUUAAUGAAAUUUCUCGUAUUUGAAGUGUCGAUAGUUUUUAAAUCGCAAUUUGUAUAAUAACUGUAUGAUAUAGAUAAAUAAAU